ACAUUUUAUAAUCUGUAUUAUUUUGUUGUGAAUUGUGUUUUCAUAACAAAAACUCAAUUUAAACCAUUUUAACAAGUAAAUUCUACAACUGACCAUGUCAGAACAGCCAGAAGACCCGCCGCCGCCUAUAAAACGAUACAGACGCGAAGAAAAAUCAUCAGAAUCGGAGGAAGACUUGGAUAAUUAUGAACCUUAUGUGCCUGUGAAAGAACGUAAGAAACAACAGUUAAUGAAACUUGGGAGACUGACCCAGCUUACUGCGGAGGCCGCGGCGGAGACCAAGAGCUCAAGCGAUAAUGAUCCUGACGAUGAAACAUCUCAAGAAGAAUGGGGCAGGCGGUACAACAUAUCCCUGCUCGACCAGCACAGCGAACUCAAGAGGCUGGCCGAGGCUCGGGCACUCUCCGCUGCUGAGAAACAGGCCAGAGAAGAAGAGCAUAUACUCGAGAGUGUUGCACAGAGCAAGGCUUUGAUGGGCGUUGCUGAGUUGGCUAAAGGUAUACAGUACGAAGACCCAAUAAAAACGUCAUGGCGGCCGCCGCGCUCUAUCCUUAACCAGCCCGAAGAGAGGCACGAGCGGAUCCGCAGGGAGUUACGAGUGUUGGUCGAAGGAGAUGACGUCCCACCGCCCAUAAAGACGUUUCAACAUAUGAAGUUUCCUAAAGGCAUCCUCCGAGGUCUAGAAGCCAAGGGUAUCAAGAAACCAACCCCCAUCCAAGUGCAAGGCAUCCCAGCAGUGCUAAGCGGCAGGGAUAUGAUUGGCAUAGCAUUCACGGGCUCCGGCAAGACCCUGGUCUUCACGCUGCCCAUCAUCAUGUUCUGUUUGGAGCAGGAGAUCAAAAUGCCUUUCAUCAAGAACGAAGGCCCAUACGGAUUGAUAAUAUGUCCAUCUCGUGAGCUCGCGAAACAAACGCACGACAUAAUAUUACACUUCAUAAAACAUCUAAAGAUGACCGGCAGCCCGGAGAUCAGAAGCUGUUUGGCUAUUGGAGGUGUGGCGGUGUCGGAGUGCAUGGAGGUGGUGCAAAGGGGUGUUCACAUAAUGGUCGCCACCCCGGGCCGGCUCAUGGACAUGUUGGAUAAGAAAAUGGUGCGAUUAAACGUGUGCCGCUAUUUAUGCAUGGACGAAGCUGAUCGCAUGAUCGACAUGGGUUUUGAAGAGGAUGUGAGGACUAUAUUCUCGUACUUUGCCGGGCAGCGACAGACGCUGCUGUUCAGCGCCACCAUGCCUAAGAAAAUACAGAACUUUGCCAGGUCGGCGCUGGUGAAGCCGGUGACGGUGAACGUGGGGCGCGCGGGCGCCGCGUCGCUGACCGUCCGGCAGGAGCUGGAGGCGGUGCAGGCGGAGGCGCGCACGGUGCACUUGCUGCACUGCCUGCAGAAGACGCCGCCGCCCGCGCUGGUGUUCGCCGAGAGGAAGCAAGACGUCGACGCUAUACACGAGUACUUGCUGCUCAAAGGCGUGGAAGCGGUGGCUAUCCAUGGAGGCAAGGAUCAAGAGGAGCGGUCACGGGCCGUGGAGGCGUUCAGGAAGGGGGAGAAAGACGUGCUGGUGGCCACAGACGUUGCCAGCAAAGGUCUCGACUUCGCGAACAUCCAACACGUGAUAAACUACGACAUGCCGGAAGACAUAGAGAACUACGUGCACCGGAUCGGCAGGACGGGCCGCGCGGGGGGCGGCGGCGUCGCCACCACGCUGCUGGGGCGGGCCGUGGACGAGAGCGUGCUGCGGGACCUCGCGCACCUGCUCACCGAGGCCGGGCAGAAGGUGCCGCCCUUCCUGCUGGACAUGAUUGGAGCGCCGGAAGUGCCCGUUCCCGACGGACAGGGCUGCUCGUACUGCGGCGGGCUUGGACAUCGUAUUACAGAAUGUCCGAAAUUGGAGGCUGUACAGAACAAACAGGCUUCGAACAUCGGUCGGAGAGAUUAUUUGGCGAACACAGCGGCGGAUUAUUAGAGCUUUUGUUUGGUUACAUUACUUCAGAAUUCUAAGGUUAUAUAGAGCGGACAUUAGAUUGUCAUACAAACAUUUUGCGCUUAUGUGACGGUUACUCAAUCUACAGUAAUAGUAAAACAUCAAUGUAAAAAACUUCAUAUUUUUACACGUUUUUAAUGCCCAUAUCAGCAUAUUUUCUGUGAAUAUGUUUUAGUAAUGAUAUCUAAGGACGCUGUGACGUCACACGGACAUUUCAAACACAACUUAUUACCAAUAGGGGACCGUCCUGUGCUUGAUUUUGUACAUUAUUCUAUAUGUAAUGGUUAAUAAUACGAAAAAGAAGCACUCCUGCGAAAACUGCAUAAAAAUUGGAUAAAAAAUGAGCCAGUAAUUCAUAUUUCAAAUAUUACUAUGUGCCGAAGUGGGGAUAUCGCUUCAUCUCUUUCUUUCGCACGCGUCGUAAUGCCCGAUGACGUCACACGUGGGUAUUGCGCCUCUUUUCUGUUUCUUGUUACUUGCCCCUUCUACCGAAAUUGAAAGACUUAUAACUUGUUGAUUUUUUACCGGAUUUAAAUAAUUCCUUCUGUGUUAUAAUAUAUGUAAUGUAAAUAUUUGAUAAUAAUAAAGAACAAAAAUGAGGCCGGUACCCUAUUGGUGAUAACUUUUGGAGCAUAAAUUUGGUUUUGAUGUUCGGUCUAUAACUAACUAUACUGUGUAACGUCUUUCCUUUGAAGUCAUGUUUUUUCUCCAGAGAUUACCAGAUCGAACUAUUGGAAUAUAGAGCAGUGAUAUGUUUGACUUCAUUUUAAUAAAUAUCGUGUAAUGUAGGAUAUUGUAAAUAAAUGUAUUUAUAGGUAU